AGGCCGAUUCGACUAACCCGAGAAGGCCAAGGGGGACGACCUUCCAAAAUCACCCAAUCAGAAGCCCAGCGCCCUAUCGGCGCGCAGAAGGGGGCGGGGCGUCCGCCGACACCCAAUGCGAGGGCGCGGCACUUUGAUGAGCGGACCGGCCGACCAAUCCCGGUUGAUCAGCAAUGGCGGCGCCCAGGCCGUGAGGAGGAAGCGGCGGGAGCGGCGGCGGAGAUGUCGGGCCGGGGCGUCUGGCUGCGGGCUCGGGCGCGGCUGCGGCGCUUCCCCGCGCUGCUGGCGGGCUGCGGGGAGCAGGCGACGGCCUACGGGCGGUGCGUGGCGGCGGCGGCGGGCGGGACGGCGGAGCUGCGGCGGGACGCCUGCCUGGAGGAAUUCAGGGCGCUGCGGGACUGCUUCGCCCGGGCGGCCAAGGCGACGGCCAAGUGACGGCGGGGCCGCCCCGGGGCCUCUCACCGAGCGGGAGACUCUUCGGAUGAAUAAAAAUCUCUCCACCCCCA